AUGGCUAAUGUUUUAGAGACUCCGCCAGCAAUCCUUUCUGGGUCUUGUUCGACUAAGCUUGAUUUUGUUUCUUUUGAAAACCCGGAAGAGGUUGAUACUCAUAAUCAUAAUAAAGGUUCGGUCUUUGGUCCGGUUCCGCCUUGUUCAUUGAAAAGAAAGAGGCCACCCAAGAUUGAGAUCCCUAAUGUUUUGCGCGAAAUUGUGGUGGACAAGAAAGAGUCUAGUUGUUUCAGAGGAGGAGGAGGAGGAUCCGCCGCCCCUUCUUUACAAGAUGCGGUUUGCGCCACCGGUUAUGGAGUCGGUGUGUAUUCCCUCAAAGGGAAGAAAAAGUUCAUGGAAGAUGCCCACAAGAUUGUUUCUUGCCCGCUUGACAAAAAAGGAUUUUUUGGGGUGUAUGAUGGACAUGGGGGAAGCAAAGCUGCCGAGUUCGUUGCAGAGAAUUUGCAUUCAAAUAUCUUAGAAGUGCUGAAGAAUUCUUCUGGGAAUGCUCCAAAGGAAGAAGAGAUUAAAGCUGGUUAUCUAAAAACCGACCAAGACUUCUUAAAGCAGGGUGUAGGUAGUGGUGCUUGCUGUGUUACUGCCUUAAUUGAAGGCAAGGAUAUUGUAGUUUCAAAUUUGGGAGAUUGUAGAGCAGUUCUUUGCAGAGGUGGAACAGCUGAGGCUCUUACAAAAGACCACAGGGCAGCGCAAGAGGAUGAACGUAAAAGAAUAGAAGAUAAGGGGGGAUUUGUUCAGAAUCAUCGUGGAGCAUGGAGAGUUCAUGGCAUAUUAGCUGUUUCGAGAAGCAUUGGAGAUGCACAUUUGAAGGAUUGGGUUAUUGCUGAACCAGACACGAAGAUCAUAUCUUUAAGCAAGGACAUGGAAUAUCUUGUUUUAGCAUCUGACGGACUUUGGGAAGAGGUUGGCAAUCAGGAAGCUGCAGAAAUUGUUUCGCGGUCAUGUUCCGGUGAUGAGAAUGGCCUUGUAAUAACUAGGUGUCCUUCCCCAAAGCUGCGGAGAGUUUCACUCAAAUCAAAAAGGGCAAGUAGUCAGUUUUCCAGCUCGAAGCAAAGAGAUGAAAAAUCAAUGGGAACUGAAGUUAACUUUGCGAGUGAAAAUGAUAGUACUCCUCCAUCCAAGGCUCGGCGCAUUUCAUUCAUGAAUCAAUCCAAGGUGAGAAAUACGCUCUCUGACCAAGAAAAUAGCUGUUUUGGAAGAGGAACACCUGGGUCUGGCAGUAGACUGGUUGCUGCUUGUAAGGAGCUUGUGAGCCUUGCUAUGAGUAGGGGUAGUUUGGAUGACAUUACGGUAAUGAUAGUCGAUUUAAACCUCUUCAAAGACUGA